AUGCCGCAAAGCAUCAAGUCAGAUGCGACAACUGCUUUUCGCCACGCAUCAACGAUACAACCACCGAAAAUGGCUGGCCAACUCCAUAUCGAUUCGAAAGACACCCAGGGUCAUAUUCCCAAUAUUAGGGGCGACGAAAAUGUCGAAGGCUGGGCUGCACUACGGGGUAAAGGUGACAGCCUACCCUCGAAGCAGAGAUUAUCAAAUCCACGUGCAAUCAGCAGUUGGUCCAUUGCCUAG